AUGCUCGCCUUCCCGACACCCCGUCCGCCAGCUCAAGUGAGGCGUGCCUCGGCGCAGACAAAGUCAGAGCCUCCGCCUCCCUAUGUUCACGACGAAUCUAUGGAAACCGCCUCAUUUGCGGGCGCUUCACCUAUGCCUGCCUCUCCGUGGGACGGUCACUCUAGGCAAGAACUGGCUGGCCUUCUCACUCGGGCGGAUGGUCUUAUUCGCCAGAGAGAGCGAGAACUGAGCCUCACAUCGGACUUAUCCCGAGAGCUGAACGUCAACAAUCAGACCCUAAGGCAAACACACCAAGCUUUGCUCGCUCGCUUGCCCGCAUCGGCCAUCUCGCCAGCUACUUCGCCCUUCAUCACAUCACGUCAAGGGUCCCCACAUGUCUACACCAGCAGUCUACCCCGCAAUAGCUCUGAUAUACUGGAGUCUCUUCGCACUCAAACGUCCACGCCUGCACGACAUUCACGCCGUGUAUCCAUAUCCCCUGGCGAACUGGCUCGGCUUGCCGACGAGAACGCCGAAUUGCUCUCGAAACUGGAACAGCUGCAGGAGGAGUCCGAGCAUGCUGAUCAGGCGGGUAAGCGCCGACUUGGGAAGCUUGAGGACGAGAUCUCCGUCCUUAGACGUGAGUUGGAGGAAGCUCGUGCCCGUGGCGAAGCGCUGGAGGAGCAUAACGUCGUUCUCCAGCGGGAUAGCACCGAAACGCUGUUGCGCAAGAAGGAACGAGAAGACCGGAUGCACGAUGUUCGCAGCAGAGCUCACGAGUCUGUCACGCCACUUCCAAACUUUGCGCCCAGCACCACGAAAAUACUACCUUCAAGCGUUCCUCGCCGGAUGGCUUCUUCCAGCACAACUGUGCCGCUUAUGCCUACUCUAUCACCUCCAGACGAGGCCCCCGAGAACCAGGAAGCCCGCUUGAACCAUACAUCUCUUCCUUCCUCCGACAUCUCGCGCACCCCCACCCCUGCUGUCAGCAUUGGUCCUCGCGAACACGCACUCGUUUCACAGUUGCUAUUGAAAGUCCGUGAGCUUGAAGAGGCAAAUGAACAUAUCAGUCGCCACCAACAAGACACGACAACCAAGUUACGUGCCGCUCAGGUGGAGGCUGAUGCCAUCAAACGUUUGUACGACUAUCUGGACGAGAAUACGGAGAUCGACAUACAAGACCCGGAGGGUGAUGGUCCCGGCGUUGAGGCCACUCCAACCCCGAGCUCAUUCGUAUUUCCGGCUCGCGACGGCAAACCGAAGACCAUCCGUUUCCGCAGCCUCAGAAAGUCGCUGAAUGGCGAGCUUUCUCGGUUCGAAUUUGAGGCGGGCAUCGAUGGUGACAUGCAUAGCACUCUGCGGUCAGCUCAGAAGAUGCAGCCACUCAAACGCAAGGCACUCGCAGGGCUAUUCGAUAGCCCCGGACGCGCUUCGACUACAACUGGCUCAAGUACCGUCUUUGAGGGACACCGUGCUGCUGAUUCUGAAGAUGGCGAAGUAUCUCCAGCGCUUUCAUCCAUCAGCCUAGCCGAAGACGGCCAGCCUCCCGCCCUUCAUCGCCGCCAGACACUCGGCAGCGAACUCGGCAGCGACUUCGCUGACGUUUUUACAGGCGGAGGUACAAGUGGACAUCAUUAUCAUACGUCGAGCAUCUUCGAGUCUCCUUCGGCCGCAUCAUCUGUACCAGCAACUCCGUCAGAGCCGCCCAACUCUGCUCGCCAAACUGCAUUCCCCUUCCCUGCCCCGUCUGUCAGUUUUCCCACGCGAGCCUACGAGGAACCGCAGACGCCCACAUCCGCAGGCGGCAAUGCCCGCAUGCGCCGAUUAUCCCAGACUGUCCGCGCUCGCACGCACCGCUGGGUCGACCGCCGGCUUCACGACUCCUUCCAGUCCAUGCGGCUUCCUCCAGACAUCGUCCCCGAAGGUCAAUCACAAACUCUGUUGGACGGCACAUCGCACGCGGAUUCGUCGACUGUCGUACCCGCAUCGCCACUCCCGAGUACUGCCGCCAUCGACCGUAUGUUUGACGCUGUUGACGCUGCAGUGGAUCGCAUCACGCAAGUCGUUGUUCCCGUGGGCGUCAAAGUCCCCGACAGUCAGAGCACAGCCACGGUCGUUGCCACGCCUACUUCGAGAUCCUCCCGACCUCUAUCGCGUCGCAAACAGCUCGCAGCUGUCAUGAUCGAGGUCUGGCUCUGGUUGCAGUUCGCCAUCAUCGUGCUGGUCUUCGUGUACGCCAUGGCUCGGCGUGGACCGAAGAGCAUCCUCAAGGAGGCCGAGCGAAAGCGGAGGACUGCAUAG